AUGGCAUCUAAAACCAGAUCCCCACUUUCAGUGGCGACAGCACCGGUGUCGGGCGGCCUUCCUGGCAGCGACCCAAUUCCUCGGCACUCUCGCAAACGCCUCCCGCCUGGGCCGACUGGCUUGCCUGUUAUCGGCAACGCCCUCCAGAUACCAGUCGAGCGAGCAUGGCUCACCUUCGUGGAAAUGGCGAAGACAUACGGCGACGUCAUGCACUUCUCCGCCUUUGGUCGUUCCAUUGUCAUCUUGAACUCGCGGAAGGCCGUGUUCGACCUGCUCGAGAAACGGAGUGCUAUAUACUCUGAUCGGCCGCGGAGUGUCCUCGCCGGGGAGAUGAUAGGUUAUGCGGAGUUCACAGUAAUGUGUCGGUACGGCGAUCGACUGAAGGACAGCAGGAAGAUCAUCUCGUCGCUCAUUUCGCCUCGGAUUCUUCCGGAGAUAAACGCUCUCCAGGAAGGUCAAGCCCAACUGCUCCUCCUCAGGCUCUUGAACGAACCCGACAAGUUCCUCACGCAUAUCCGGUGGUUCGCAAUGAGCGUCGUCUGGAAGAUCACGCACGGCUACGACAUGGCCAAUCUCGCCGACCCGCUCGCGCAGGUGGUUGAACAGAUCAACCACGAGUUCGCAGAGGUGACUGCGCCGGGCAGCGCGUUCCUCGUCGAUCUCCUGCCUUUCCUGCGAUACGUCCCCGACUGGGUCCCUGGCACCGGCUUCAAGAGACUUGCGAGACGUGCGCGCGCGAACCUCUUGCAGAGUCGCGACGAGCCGUAUGACAUGAUCAUGGAUCAAGUGGACCGUGGCGUCGCCCCUCCCUCGUUCACCACGACAGUGAUUACGCGUAACCCUAACCCUACCCCGGAGGAGGAAGAUGUGCAGCGAAUGACGACAAGUCAUCUGCAGGCUGCUGGUGCCGAAACGUCGAUUGCAACGAUCGAAUCCUUUUUCUUCCUCGUGGCGCUCUUCCCUGACCUGCAGCGGCGUGCGCAGGCUGAGCUGGACGCGGUUCUCGGGUCUGGACGUCUCCCGAGGUGCAGCGACCGCAAGGACCUACCGUACACGGAGGCACUAGUGAAGGAAAUCUACCGCUGGAACCCCGUUGGGCCGCUCGGUGUACCGCACAGCGUGAUGGAAGACGACGAGUACGACGGUUACACGAUACCGAACGGCGCGACGAUUAUCGCGAAUACCUGGGCAAUCAUGCACGACGCGUCUCUAUACCCGGAUCCCCAUCUGCCGUUGCCGGAGCGAUACCUCAAGCCGGCAGAGAAGAAGCUUCAGAAAGGCGAAGCUGAGACUGAAACGGAAGUAUUGAACCCCGACCCUCGCACGUUCGCAUUCGGGUACGGACGCAGGGCGUGCCCCGGUAAGAUCAUUGCAGAUGACACGCUCUUUAUCCUCGUCGCGACCGUCCUCGCAGCCUUCAACAUCUCAGACGCGGUCACUACGGACGGCAAACCGGCGACGACAGCACGGAAUACUCGGGCAGCCUCAUUAGUCGACCCCCGGAAUUCCGCUGCAAGAUCAAGCCAAGGUCGAAGGCGAUGGAACAGCUCAUUGCUACGAUCGGUCUGCAUGCCUGAUGUAGACUUGGUCUAGUUGAGACCGGCUGGUACUGAGUUCGAUAAGACAUCUAGUUAAUUUAUGUUACCAUAUAGUAUUGAACUGAAUCCCGCUAAGGUUCGGUGCUAGGCGACCUCCUUUUGACCUCCGGAGGCCCGUGUGGACUAGCGGCGAACGUUGAACCGCGUGAGUCCCUUGACAGAUGUUCGAUUCACGCUCGAAAGAUUUCGCAGAUGCGACUGAUUUCUGUGAAUGGCUGCUGAUGCAUUUGACUGGAACAUUUGCGCGCGAGUCGGAAGAGGUGCGCAGCGAACGCGCGAGCUCACAGUGCGCUAAGUAGAGGAACUUGACAGGAUGUUAUAACUAGCUCGCACCGCCAAUAUUGUAGCGAGAAGUCCCAUUCGAAACACGUUUC